AUGAGGCGGCCUAACGUUCUGCUCACCGGUACUCCAGGUGUUGGGAAAACCACGCUUGGAAAAGAACUUGCAUCAAGAGCGGGGAUGACCUACAUUAAUGUGGGUGACAUGGCAAAAGAAGGAGAACUGUAUGAAGGUUUUGAUGAGGAGUAUGACUGUCCCAUUUUGGAUGAAGACAGGGUAAUUGAUGAACUAGAAGAUAAGAUGAGUGAAGGUGGUGUGAUUGUUGAUUAUCACGGCUGCGAUUUUUUCCCUGAACGGUGGUUUCAUAUAGUGUUUGUGCUUCGUACAGAAAAUUCAUUUCUGUAUGAGAGACUUGAAAGCAGAGGCUACAGAGGGAAAAAGCUGCAAGACAAUAUUCAGUGUGAAAUUUUUCAAACACUUUAUGAGGAAGCUAUGUUGUCAUACAGAAAGGAAAUCGUGCACCAGUUACCCAGCAACACUCCAGAAGACCUAGAGAGAAAUUUGGAUCAGAUUAUGCAAUGGAUUGAGCAAUGGAUGAAGGACAACAAUUGACAUUUUUUGAAAAACUUAAUAACUGGAUCUCUGCCUGGGAGGGUUUAAUAAAUGGCAUUCACAGUUCUUAUGUGAUAAAAUUAAUUUUGAUAUGGCUAGGAAUGAGAAGAAGGUUCAGAAUAGCCAGGGUUAUAUGGCUUUGGAAUAGCUUCCAAAGGACUUCAGGAGAAGCACACAGAAU